AUAAGUGAUGUUAACAUGCCUGAUAUGGAUGGUUUCAAGCUUCUGGAGCAUGUUGGACUUGAGAUGGAUCUUCCUGUCAUAAUGAUGUCUGUUGAUGGAGAAACAAGCAGAGUUAUGAGAGGUGUCCAACACGGGGCAUGUGAUUAUCUACUGAAGCCAAUUCGAAUGAAGGAACUCAGAAACAUAUGGCAACAUGUUUACAGGAAAAAGAUACAUGAGGUGAGAGAUACUGAAAGUCAUGAAGGCCUUGAAGAGAUUCUAAUGAUGAGAAAUGUAUCUGAACAUUCUGAUGAUGGCUACAUGCUUAAUGGUGGUGACAUGACGCCAGGUAAGAAAAGGAAAGAUGCUGACUAUAAGUAUGAUGACAAAGACUUUGCCGAUCAUUCUUCUCUCAAGAAAGCAAGAGUUGUUUGGACCGUGGAUCUUCAUCAGAAAUUCGUUAGAGCUGUGAAUCUUAUCGGUUUUGAAAAAGUUGGUCCUAAGAAGAUACUUGAUCUCAUGAAUGUGCCAUGGUUAACCAGAGAGAAUGUUGCAAGUCACUUGCAGAAAUAUCGUCUCUACUUAACUCGGUUACAGAAAGAUGAUCUUAAAACCUCAUCCAGUGGACUAAAGCACCCAGAUUUUUCUCCAAGAGAUGCAGCUGGAGAACCUACAGAUCCUUCACAGAUGCAACAAAAGGAAGCCGUCGUUAGCUAUCACACGCCCGCCAACACUAGAAUCCAUGAAGUUGAUGUGAAAGGUACUCCUCCAUUGCAGACGAUAGAACCCAAGAAAGUAUUGACUGGGUAUGCAGCCAACAUUGUAAACAACGGAAUUAACCAAUCUUUCGGCACAGCUCAGUACUCCACAUUUAAUUCCAUAUUGCCAACUCAGUGCUCUUGGAAUGGAGGUUUUACGGAAAUUCAGUUCAAACAUGAACACAAUCCAAACUUUCAGGCACAAAAUGGCCUCAAUAAGCUUGGACUGCCAACUCAACAGAUGCAGUCCAUUCCCCAUGGACCACCGUUCAGUAAAGAAAGAGACAAACCGGCUAACGCAGCCUCAUACUCUGCAUUAUCCCAGAACCUUAUGCGGGGCUUCCAAUCACCUGAUCCCGUUACCAGUUCAACGUGGAGUAUGAAAGAUGAUCAACAAGUGCAGACCAUUGCCCAUGUACCCCCUUUCAGUAAAGAAAGAGAGGAGCAGGACAACUCAAGCUCCUACUCUGCAUUAUCCCAGAACCGUAUGCCUAGCAAUGAAUCACCUAAUCCCGUCGCCAGUUCAACAUGGGGUGUGAAAGAUGAUCAACAGGUGCAGUCCAUUGCCCAUGGAUCACCUUUCAGUAAAGGAAGACACAAACCGGCUAACUCAAGCACCUACUCUGUGUUAUCCCAGAAUGUUAUGCCAAGCUUCCAGCCACCUGAUCCAGUCACCAGUUCAACAUGGAGUAUGAAAGAUGAUCAAAGUUUAGAACAAAGUUCCAUAGAUAAUCUGGAAUUGUCACCUUUUUCACUUCAAGGUCAACAUUGCUCUUCAACAUAUCUUGACAUGCAAAACAAGGGAUUACCAGAGUGUAAUGAUCCAGAGUUCAUUACUGAUUCUUCAAACUUAUACGAUGCACUAAGGUUCGACUAUGAGUACCCCCCUGACUCAUUGGAAUAUCCAGUAAUAUAUCAAGGCCUGUUUAUAGCCUGACCUUUCGACUUUAUCACCAUAAGAAACUUGGUAGUUAUGCUAUUUGUUAUCGCCCGUUAUAUGCAUUCAAGAAUAUCAAAAGCUUGAAACAUUGAGUGGGCUAAAGGAUCUUCUUCAACAAAAGUAGAGGCAUGCUACACCGACAAAGGAGAGACUAUUUUGUUUGGGUACAUACAUUGAUCCUUUGCAACACAGAUUAAA